GUAUUACAACCUGACCUUAACCGUGUAACAUUUUCAGGUUUUAGAUAAUGGUCUAGGUACGCUAUCGCUUAACGGUUACGAGGAAAUCAGGUUCGAUAUUUACUCGACUAGGAAUAAUGAUUUUGUGAAUCAUGUGAGCAGCAGGGAGGUUGAUUCAGGAUGUAUACGGCAGGGAUGGCAGCCAUCUUGAUUCUGAGGUCUAUUGUGCUACUCAACUUUAUUCUACCAAUAUAUGAUGCAGCUGUUGCAAAUGCAGAUUGCCCGGAGUUAAUAAACCUCACUAAGAAGUCAUUGAUUGUUACAAAACAUAACGCGUUUGCGAUGGACGCUGACGUCGAUGACCGAUCCAACGGCACGGUGGUCAAGCUGACAUGUAACGAUUUUGUUACCUUGAUCCUUAAUGACACGGGGACCAUUCGUUGUAUAGGCGGAAAAUGGGAUCCCCCUCAACCCCACUGUAUCCCGAGGCCACCGCCUCCCGUACCAAACAACCCGCAUCUGGACACUAUAAUUGGUGGACUCAUUUCCGGCUGUAUUUUCGUCCUUAUCCUGGUGUCCAUACCAGAAAUGGUCAAGCGAGGAAGGGCAUGGCGAUUGAGCAAAUUACAAGAAGCUGCCAAACUUCUCGAAGAAGAAAAUCAGAAAAGGUUCUUUAAAGUAUGGACAUGCGGAAGAAACACAAAACAAUUUAUCAAGGCAAAUGGACUGACGUCACUGAUGCGUGCAGCAUCGCGGACAUUCAAGAAACCAUCUAUAGCCCGCAUCGUUCUCGAGGAGGACGGAACGGAAGUCGAUACUGAUGACAUCCUCGACGUAUGUGCAGAUCUGACAUUAAUGGCUUUAGCUGAAGGAGAACUUUGGUGGGACCGCAAUAUCAACAGUGAUGAUGGUCGUUUGGACGACAAACGUUUGACGUUCGAUGUUUGUAACCAAGAUAGGACUAAGAGAAAGCUGAUUCUGGCCACCGAUCUGCGUGACCUUUACAGACAAGGUCAACUGGUGUUUGGUUAUCUGCCCUCACGCGCCUGUUCAGAGUCGGACGGAACACUUAUUGACCAACACGUAUUGUUUGCAUUUGUCGAGAGUACAAUAAUGCUUCUAGAACAAGGUGGUACUUGGUCUUCCCCGUCAAGUCCGUCCAACCCUUCUUCAGUGUAUACCUUGCCCAGCAUCGACAGGAGCAGUGUACGUAAUAGCGUCAGUGACAGCAUGAUGUUCAAGGUUUGGUCAAGUGAUCAUAUGCUGAAACUGGUAGUAUUUGCAAGGAAUCUUGCCGACCUUCAUAUCAAAGCGGCCAAGUCUCACGGACUCCCGAAUCCUAUCGAGAUUUCAGAGCUAUCUUCCGGUGACGUCAUCACAUCUGAUACACACCUGACGUCUCUUGCCAACGAGGUCUUGAUAAUAAAAUCCUCAAAGUAUGCUAGUGACAAUAACUACCAAUACAUUGAAAAAGGAUCUGAGAGUGAUUUCAUGAGUCUAACAUCUCAGAACGAGUUUCCAUCGGGAGGGCGACAUGAUGACUACGCAAAAGUGCAGAAGAACUGGUCUGGCAAAGAACGUCCGCAGAACAGCACACAUAUAUCGAAGGAACAUGUUCCAUCUAACUCUGUGCCACGAAAUGAACAACAUCGUCUAGGAUCUUCAUCUCGUGAAAACGGACAUGUACCUAAUGGAUUUCCACAGCGUGAAAUUGGACAUACUUCAAACGAUAGGUUAAACAGCUUGAACGAAGGCAAUCGCUACGACCCGUUGCCGUCAAGAGCGACUAUGUUUACAUUCGAUAAACCCAGCCAAAAUAAUUUCAGGAACAGUUUCAUAGAUAUGACAGAGCAAGAUCCACGAUCAACACACAAAAAUAAUUUCGGAUAUCUGCGCGAUAUGUCGGAUGAAUCAAAUAGAAAACCUAGCGUUCAUGAAAUGAGUCAACUAAAAUCCAACCCAGUAUACACGCCCCAGCAUCAUAGCCACUCUCGGCCUAUGGUCAUUACGGGUGGAGCUAAGCAGACAGAAUACAGCGACGUCCUCUUUUGAUUGAACGUUUUGUGGAUUUAGGAAAGUUUGGUACAAGUAACCAAUUUAGUGAGUGAGUUGGAAACUACAUCAAUCAAAUUUGGCGAAGAGUAAUUAAUUACACCAUGGUCGACAUUUAUCAAUCAUGCUACUGCUUAGUAAUAAAGUCUGUUUCAAGCCUAAAACAAUCGUCGAAAAUACAUUAUACUUACCCGAGACUUGUAGCUAUCACCGGAACGUUCCUGUUGUUAGUCCUACCCAGUUGAAGCUAGUAUCACGAUUCCAUAGUUUCUGUGUAUAACGCAAUACUAUUGAUUCCUGAUAGCGGAGUGCACAAUACUUUUUCGUUAUCUAAACAUUUAUUACUGAUAAAAUUGAUGUCGCCGAUAUCGUAUAAUGAUGCAUAUUAAUAUGGAAGUAAUGCGGGAUCCGCUUAAAUCAUAUACACGGCCAAAAAGUAAAGGGUUAACAUGGAAAACGCUAUUUGUCUUCUAUUUGCUUUAUAUUUAUUCCAAAUGUUCGACAAAACUUAAUGUUUCAGACAUUUAUCGACGGAACAAGAAAUAUGUUGGUUACAAUUUCGGUUGUUACUAGGUUUAACCUCCUAUCAAUAGCUAAGGUCAUAAAAGGACGUUUUCCACGUGCGCCGUGCAUGUGUGCCGGAAGCAGGGUAUGUACUAGAAAAUAGGGCUUGAAAACAGAAUCAGUAUUUUAGCUAGAGAACGGUUUAAUCCAUGAAUACUGCCCAUAUAUGUCAAGCAUAAUAUUUAUACUUCAUACUCAAGUUCAUUGCUGUCUUGGAGGAGAAUGGAUAAGUUUUAUAUAUUACAAUGCAUUAUGUUAUACGUGUGUAUAAAUAAUAUACUUUUCAAUGCGAGUCGUUUGAUUACUAUUUUGUUAUAUAUCUGCUGAACUUAUUUUACAACAAUUAUGAAAAAAGUCAUGUUAACUUAUGUUUAAUCAAUCUUGUUGGCCCGGAUGUUAGCGCAGAGGGUCUUUUUGCAGAGGAAACCGGAGUAAUCCGAAAAAAACACACGUGGUGUGACAGGUGACCCAUACCUUUUCACAUUAGGUAACAAAACCCCGGCCGUUUUGGUGAAAGGCGAAUGUGCUAUCAACUGCGCCAACAUAUAAGAUUAUGUUAUUAAUUGUUAAUUUUGUUAGAAAAGAAGAAAAGAAUAAAGUUGAUCUCAAUGAUGGAUUAUUUUCAUGAAAUAGCUUUUUGAUAUUCAAAGUAUAGUCUUUAUCAGCAAGCGAGUUCCUGUAAAGCAUUCUUAUAGUUUAAAACUGAAGACAGUUGGUGAUUUGAAAAAAGAUUGAAGACACGAUAUGAUCAGCAUAGCGCUUUUGAUAUUAAUGUGUUGUUCAAAAAUCAUUUUCAUUCCCCCAUCAAAUAUAGUUGAAGGCUGUCGGGGCGGGGUCAGCCUCUUUACGAUGUAGUGUCCUCUUGCAAGAGGGCUCGCAUUCCUACAUGAACAUGUUCAUUCGUUUGUUACCUCUGCCUUUCUUUGAUUUCAUUGAUUUUUAUAUUUUUUAUCGACUAUUUAUUGGCCCGAAUUACUUCGUAGAUGGGCCGUUAGGCAUGCAAUAAUAAUGAUUACCUUUUAAGCGGUGUUUUUUCUUUUGCGUCCCGAUUUCGAAUUCUACUACAAUGUCAACACAAAUACUGUGUUAUAGGUCAAAAACAUUCCUGAUUGAAAACCUAGUUUUCAUUUAGUGUAUAUAAGUGUCCUAUGCGUAUUCGUACAACUUUUACUGGUUACAUUGUGUGCUUUUCAUUGGUUCGAAAGUAAUGUCAUUACUUUUUCAGUGUCUUCGUUACUCCGUGUAUAGCCUCAUGUCCUUGUGUACGGACGACGUGCUACCUUUUUCUAUGUCAUUUUUUAAGUAAUGAAUAAAGGUUACCCAUUAUUGAGACUUUCUAGGCUGCGUUAUCGUUUUGUAUUGUUAAUUUUUACUAUGAUAUAACAUAUCAAUAAACAGGAAGGUAGAC